ACCCCUCUCCCUCCAGGCACCAUGGGAUCCAAGAGAGAAGACGUGAGAAGGAAGCACAUCCGCUUGCACAUGGAAGGGGCACUGACCGCCCGGGACAAGGUCGGAGUGCAGGACUUUGUGCUGCUGGACGCUUACACCAGCGAAUCUGCCUUUCUGGACAAUCUUCGCAAGCGUUUCAGCGAGAACCUCAUCUAUACAUAUAUCGGGACACUCCUUGUAUCCGUGAAUCCAUACCAGGAGCUCGGAAUCUACACUGUGAGCCAGAUGGAACUUUAUCAAGGGGUCAAUUUCUUUGAACUGCCACCGCAUGUCUACGCCAUCGCUGACAACGCCUACCGCAUGAUGUGCUCUGAGCUGAAUAACCACUUCAUCCUCAUUUCUGGAGAGAGUGGGGCAGGGAAAACAGAGGCUUCCAAGAAGAUUCUCCAGUAUUUCGCAGUGACCUGCCCAAUGACCGAGUCCCUCCAAAUAGCGCGUGACAGGCUGCUGCUCUCUAUCCCGGUGCUAGAGGCCUUUGGAAAUGCCAAAACACUCCGGAAUGACAACUCCAGCAGAUUUGGAAAAUACAUGGACAUACAGUUUGACUUUCAGGGCGUUCCUGUAGGUGGGCAUAUCAUCAGUUACUUGAUAGAAAAAUCCAGAGUCGUCUAUCAAAAUCAUGGUGAGCGGAAUUUCCACAUCUUCUACCAGCUGCUAGCAGGUGGCGAAGCGGAGCGCCUCACUUCCCUGGGACUCGAACAAGACCCCCAGCUGUAUAAGUAUCUCUCACAGGGUCAUUGUGUCAAAGAGACAUCUAUCAAUGAUAAGAACAAUUGGAAAACUAUGUCCAAUGCCUUUUCUGUCAUUGAUUUUACUGCUGCUGACCUUGAGAACCUCUUUGGAAUCAUUGCCAGCGUCCUACACCUGGGGAACAUUUGUUUCGAGGAAAACAAGCAUGGCUGUGCCACCGUUCCAGACACACAUGAGAUCAAGUGGAUUGCCAAGCUCCUGGGGGUCUGCCCGGCGAUUCUUCUGGAAGCUCUCACCCACAGAAAGAUUGAAGCCAAAACAGAGGAGGUGAUAUGCCCACUGCCAGUAGAACUCUCUGUCUAUGCCAGAGAUGCCAUGGCAAAGGCUGUUUAUGGACGGACAUUUACUUGGUUGGUCAACAAAAUCAAUUCCUCCCUAGUCAACAAGGAUUUCACGCAGAAGACUGUGAUUGGGUUGCUGGAUAUCUAUGGUUUUGAAGUCUUUGACAAGAAUGGUUUUGAACAGUUCUGUAUAAAUUACUGCAAUGAAAAGCUCCAACAGUUGUUGAUAGAGAGGACCCUGAAGGCGGAGCAGGCAGAGUACGAAAUGGAAGGCAUUGAGUGGGAGCCGAUUCAGUAUUUCAACAACAAGAUUAUCUGUGAUUUAGUAGAAGAAAGACACAAAGGAAUUAUCUCCAUUCUGGAUGAAGAAUGUAUCCGUCCUGGACCUGCCACAGACUUGAGCUUCCUGGAGAAACUGGAAGAGAAAGUGGGCGGGCACGCACACUUCCAAACCCGGAAGCUGGCUGGUCCAAAGGGGCGGAAGAGGAUUGGCUGGCUGGAGUUCCGCCUCCUGCACUAUGCAGGAGAGGUCACCUAUUGCACCAAGGGUGAUGUGGAAAAAAAAAAAGGGGGGUUUUAUAGACAUCUGAAAGAAGUGCUGUGCAGGUCCAAGAACAGCAUCCUGAGGGAGUGCUUCCUGGUAGCGGAGCUGGAGAACUGGAGGAGGCCGCCAACGGUAGGGACUCAGUUCAAGAACAGCCUGAGCAGCCUCCUAGAAAUUCUCAUCUCCAAGGAGCCUUCGUACAUCCGCUGCAUCAAGCCCAACGAGAGGAAAGAGCCUAGCAAGUUUGACGACUUCCUCAUACGACACCAGAUCAAGUACCUGGGGCUGAUGGAGCACCUGCGAGUGAGGCGGGCUGGCUUCGCCUACCGGCGGAAGUAUGAACAUUUCCUGCAACGGUACAAGUCCUUGUGUCCAGAUACCUGGCCGCACUGGCAUGGGCCCCCAGGAGAAGGUGUAGAACGGCUGAUCAAGUACAUCGGCUACAAGCCCGAGGAGUACAAGUUGGGAAAAACCAAAAUAUUCAUUCGUUUCCCCAGAACUCUGUUUGCUACUGAAGAUGCUUUUGAAUUUAGUAAACAUCAAUUAGUUGCAAGAAUCCAAGCCACAUACCGAGGCUGCCUAGGGAGGAGAGAAUAUGUGAGGAAGAGGCAAGCAGCCACCAAGCUGGAAGCCCACUGGCGUGGAGCCUUGGCUCGGAAGGAAAUCAAGAGGAGAAAGUGGGCGGUGCAGAUCAUAAGGAGGUUCAUCAAGGGCUUCAUCAAUCGAGGCAAGCCCCUCUGUCCUGACAAUGAAGAGUUUAUAGUAUUUGUACGCAAGAAUUACAUCUUGAAUCUUCGCUACCAUGUGCCGAAGAGUGUGCUGGACAAGAGCUGGCUGAGGCCUCCAGGCAUCUUGGAAAAUGCUUCGGAUCUGCUCAGGAAGAUGUGCACGAGGAACCUGGUUCGGAAGUACUGUUGCGGGGUCUCAGCAGAGUGGAAAGCCAUGAUGCAGCAAAAGGUGGUCACAAGUGAAAUAUUCAGGGGAAAGAAGGAAGGCUAUGCAGAAAGCUUAAACCAACCCUUUGCCAACAGUCGGCUGGGUGAAGGCGACAUUAAUCCUAAAGUGCUUCAACUACUCGGCAGUGAGAAAAUCCAGUACAGUGUACCCGUCUUCAAGUACGACAGGAAAGGCUUCAAGGUGCGGCAGCGGCAACUCCUCCUCACUCAGAAAGCAGCUUAUGUGGUAGAACUUGCCAAAAUCAAGCAGAAAAUAGAAUAUUCAGCACUCAGAGGCGUCUCCACCAGCAGCCUGAGUGAUGGAAUCCUAGUCCUUCAUGUUUUUCCAGAGGACAGACAGCAAAAGGGGGAUGCCAUCCUACAGUGUAAGCACAUAUUUGAGGUGGUCACUAAACUUGCUAUGCUGGCUAAGAAAGAGCACACUGUCAGUGUUGUUCAUGGAAGUUUACAGUUUUAUAUCAGUCCUGGGAAAGAAGGCACAAUAGUUUUUGAGACUGGACCAGAAGAACAAGUCUAUAAAGAUAAAAACGGACAGUUAACAGUGGUGAGUGGAUCCACUGGAGGGCGGGGGGGGGGAGUGUCAGAUGAGAAUACAGGCUUAAAUAGCAAGUUCAUCUCUCUCUUCUAUUCCUGAUCUCUACAUCUCAAAGAUAGGAAGAAAGUGGGGCUAUAAAUAAGAACUUAAACACUGAAUUAGACCAGGGGUGGGGUGGCUUGUCAGUGAGCCAGCAGUUGACAUGAAAUACCUGUCAUCUUAAAUGAUGAAGUACAACUUGUCUCCAUGUGCUCAGGUCCCACCCUUAGACAAAUGAUUCUAAGGCCAAGGCGUAAUCUCAGAUGAGGUAGGAAGAUCCCGAGUUCAGGGCCAACAACAAAAGUAUUUCCUGUGCAUUCUAAUUUAUACAUUAUAUCUUACCUCUAUAUAAAAUGGGCUGGUAAAUGUAAAUGGUUCACAGAGGUGGCUUUCAUAACAUAAUGGCCCCCUUCAGGGACAAGUAAGAGGAAGGAUCAUUUUGAAUGUGAAGUAGGUGAUCUGUCAGUUUACCUGUUCUACCUUCAAGUUUCCACCAGAGGCCUCCCCACACAGUUCAACUGUGACCACCUCAGGCUGAUGAUGCCAACAGGCAUCAGCCACUCUCUAAGCCUGGCUGCUCCCUCAGGAGGCAGAGCUGGCUUCUCAGCUCAUCCUCACCCAUCUUGGUGAUCCAGUAGCCAACUGCUUCCUUCCUGAGGAAGGGGGCUGAGGGCGCUAAAGCCAGGUGUGACUCUCCCCAGGUGUCUGUCCGGAUGAAGUCCUGAUAGAGGACAGCGCCUGACUUCUGUGGUCACUGUUUUUGCUCCAACUGAGGAAAGCACUGGAUAAGCAUGGAUUAGACCCAGUGAGCCCAUCUUCAAGGACUGUGCCAGCGGCUUUGGGAAAGGAUCACUGUGCCAGAGCUGGACCUCAGUCUCAGCCCAGGUGCCACUGCAGUCACAUUUCCUGGGAGCCAACCUGGAGCAUCCAAAUGUCCCCCAAAGGACCCAAACUAAGACACAUCAAGAUGUGAUUAUGGGGGUCAAGAUGUGAUUAUGGGGGUGGGCACCAGAUUUCCUACCUUUGUCAAGCUGCCUGAGGCACAAAGAGAUAUUCUAGUCUGAGAAUAAGUAAAUGAAAUUUUAUAAAAUGCAAAAUUUGAAUUUUGCUGUGAGUAAAUGGAACUUAAGGGCUUCCAGUAACUGGUUAGGUUCCUGGCAGACUCUUUAGGUCCCAGAUGGUGAGUGGGGUCCCCAACCUCAAUCCGUGAUAAUACCAGCUGAUUCAUUCUGCUUUUCAGAAGCCCCCCAACUUCCUUUGGGUGUGUAAACACUACUGAAAAAUGACUCAACUUUAGGUAAAGUAGCAUGCAGAAGCCUGCCUCGCCCUUUGCUGCAAGUGAGUAACUCUGCUGAGCGAGGUAUGUUUCAAAAGACCAGAAGACAGAACUGUGAACAGAAAGAAGCACAGUGUAACGUUUAUUUUACACAUGUCCACAAAUGCUUGUAUAAGAUAGAAACAAUGAGUACUUCUAAAACUCCAGCAUUGUUUUCAUAGAGCAGAGAAACAGGAAGGUGAAUGGCAUGCUUUAACUGUGUGACAGUGACUUUGGAUGGAGCCCCACAGAUAGCACGUGCUCCGGGAAGGGCCGAGUGCUGUUUGUGCACAGGUGCUGAAUGGCAGCUGUGAGCAGCUGGUACAGGAGUUGAUACCUAAAUAGAACCAGGACCUGCACAGAGCAAACAGCCCAUCCUCAACAGGAGAGGCUGUGCCAGGACCUGCUGCAGGCACAGGCCCCCAGUCAAUGACCACAUGACUAAAACACUGGCCUUGGUUACCAUGAACUAAAAGCCAUUCUAUUUUCUGUUUUAAUUGUGAGCUAUUACAGAGUAAUAAAACCUCACUCUACCAAACCCAAGACGAGCGUUUUUCCUGAUUGUUCACAAUAUAAAUGCCGACUACUCCCCUUGGUGCUAUAGAGUCAGUUCCUUGUGGAAGCUGAGAGCAGAGCUCUGGCCAGAUGUAGCCAAAAGUAUCUUUCACAUGGAAUGUUUCAGACCUCUUCUAUCCCUGUGGGCAGAGGUGCAAAACUACAGAGUUGAAGAAAAGAGGAAGCAGAGAGCUGCCAAAAACAGUAAUUGUAGGUGCCGAGGCCAAGUCAGGCUGUGCCACACCAACAUGUAAAAAACAAUGGAUAUAAUGGCUUUCCAUUCCUACAAAACAUCAGAACGGGCAUUCGUUUUAGCUCCCUAAAAAAGCUGAACCCACACAGCAGGGGUUUAUACUUCAAAACAAACAGUAUAAAAACUUUAUGAAACAUUAUUUUGUAAGCUCCCUUUCUGUGGCACUUAACAAAGUCCAAAUCACUCAAUAGAAAAGUUUCCCA